AUGUUGGAUUGGACACAUAAUCUGGACAAAAGCCAAAUUGUGUUACUUAAUUUUGUAAAAUUAGGUGUGCGUGGUGAUUCAAAAGAUGUUAUGGGUGGAACAUCAUGUAGCACUAGGGCUAGCAAUGAACACCACGUCAAUUUGUUUAAAGAAUUGGAGGAACAAGAACGCAAAAAUUUUGCAAGUGGCAACAAGGAAUAUGCUGCGGAAAAAAAGAAGGAACAAGAUGAUUGGGAGUCAAAAGUUGGGAUCAUGAAGCGUUUUGCCGAGGAUACAAAAGAAUAUUCAAAGGACAAUGAAUGGUGGGAAAGAAUACCCUUAAUGCGUGAACAUGACAAAAAGCCUCCAAAGGUUUCAAAGAGUGAAAAGAAGUUUUUGACUAGUGAAGAAAGAAAGGCUAUAAAACUCAAGAAGGACAAGAAAAAGAAGCGGAAGGAUAGAAUAAAAGGAAUCGAGGAUGCUCAGCCCUGUGUUGAUAUUAAUCUUCUUCGGCAAGAACGCUUGGCUAGGGAACGUCGAGAGCAACAACGCGUUAUAAUGCUCACUAAACAGGAAAAUAAAGAUGAUGUUGAGGAAAGUAUUGAUAAGAUGGUGCACUUGAACAAGGAUAGAGAUCGACGAUACAAUUCACAAUUUAAUCCCGAAUUUUCACGUUUUUAA